UGCGGUCCCAAAAAAAAAACACUUUUCAGGCUACGCCACUGUUUACAUUUUAUAAGAACAGACAGGCGUACUUACAUCAUAUAGCAUCAAGUUUGUAUGCCGUGUUGUUUUUUUUUUCAUUUAGAAUAAAUGAAAAAAUGUAAUCUGAACAUAUUAUUAUUCUUGGCACAUCGCUGUGUGUUAUUCUAAGUUUUUCUUUUUUGCUGUAAUUUUCAAAAUACUCUGCAGUGAGUGCUUUAAGUAAGUAUUAUUAAGCAUAGAGAUAAGCCUAUAUAUGUAGUAUAAAUAGAGUAUAAAGCUUUGCAGUUUGGUUCACUUCUGUCUACCAUGUUCUGUAGUGCAACAAUGUCUCUAAACUGUGCAAAUUGUUCUUUUAUCUUCCUACCGUUAUGGAGUGAACAAACACAUAGCGUACUUAUUUAUUUUAAGUAUACGGGUGUAAACUUUUAAUUGGGGUUUGGUUUUGUUUACCCACAACAUCAAUUACAAAUUAAUUCUGUCUAAUUUAUAAAAACACUGCUUGCUUGCCAGCUAUUUAGCAGCAUUUAAAAUAAUGCAUUUAAAAACAUGGUUCUUUUCUAUAUUUUUCAAAGUAUUAAUUAGCUUAUAUAAUAUAUAUACAAAAUAUUUAAAUGUCUCACCAAUGCAUAUAUGCCAAGUAAAUUGUUUUUAAUAUUUGAUGAUUAUAAACAGUGCUACAGAAAUUUAUUAUUAUUAUCCACAAGUUUGUAUGUGUAUGUGUAUUGUUAUUUUCAUUUCAACUUUCACAUAGCACAAUUAAAGUAAUUAUUUUACCUUGUACAGCCAGCAUCUGAUAUUUUAAUCUCGUUUUUUUUCUCACUGCACGUUUUAAAAUAAGAGUACACAAACCAGUAUAAUACACCACAAUGUUUUUUUUUUAAAUUUUCUUUCCCGUAUGAUAUACCUUUAAUAAUGUUAAUCAACUGUAAUUGCAUAGUUAAAUAGAAUAUCCCAACAUGCCAUGUUAUUUUUCUAUAAAUAUUGUUCUAAGCUUUGUUAAUCGUUUCUAUAUUUCCUGCUGUGUGUAAUAACUUGUACAACAUGCAGGCCACAUUGAAUUAGAAAUACUUUAGGUCACUGUCUGCUCCCAACAACAAAGAUGUCAUACCGAGUUCGUGGCAUGGGAAUGGACAGAGAACUUCAGCAGAAAACGGAGCAGAAAUAUUCAAUUGACGACGAAAAUGAAAUUGUUGAGUGGAUUGUGUCAGUUCUUAUGUGGGAUCAAGGAAAGGAGAACAUAGAAGAUUGCGACAUAGAACUACCAAAAACAGAAGGCAAAGAGGGCUUCCAAGAAUGGCUCAAAAGUGGGAAAGUUCUUUGUCAAUUGAUGAAUGUUUUAUCUCCAGGAUCAUGCAGGGCACAAGAAACAGCUCAUAUUAAGUUAGAGGCAAUGAAAUGCAGCAAGGAAAGAAAUAAUAUAUGUUUGUUUCUAAAAGCUGCUGAAUCUUAUGGUGUUGGUAAAGUUGAUUCAUUUCAGACCAUUGACUUGUAUGAGAGUCGGGACCUUGCCCAGGUUCAAGUAACGAUGUACAAGCUUGGCUCUGCAGCUCAAAAAAAAAACUUCACCGGGCCAGUUAUUGGUGUUAAAGUGGCAGAAAAAAACGUCAGACGAUUUGACGACAAGUUAAAGAAAGAAGGACAAAAUAUUAUUGGGUUGCAGAUGGGUACGAACCAAGUUGCUUCACAACGGGGCAUGACACCUUAUGGGCUCGGACGUCAAAUGGUGACUAAAAUAGAAAAAUAACCUAUUCAAGUUUGCUACUAUGACCAUGUAAACCCUCAAUUUAUUUCUUGCUAUCUAAAUCAAUCGUACUUUAUAUGUAUUCGCCAUAUAUUGAACUGGUGCUACGUUGAACACGCUCUGCAAUUUCGUCAGUUCCUUCCUUUGAAAAUCACGCGAUGAUGAAAUCACUUCGAUGAAACGGUCGCUGCAGACGUUUUAUUUCAUCGCUUCUUCAUAUAAACGUCGAUUAGUAUGUUGUAUACGUGGUGCUCGAUGUCGUGAUCUGUGCUUCUCGAACCUUCUUAGUUUUAUAUACGCUGGUGUAUGCUUCAAGCCGUUCAGGUCGCUUAUAGCACACUGUUAAAGAUGUCGCUUGGUUGAAGGGCGUAUUCCUUUACCCUGUAGUUGCUAUUUCUCUCAAACAACGCCGUAAUGUUGACAGAGUAAACUGUCGUCUUAUCUGCGCUAUCAUGUAUGCCUGCGUUAUACUAAAGUUUGUUUCCAUCGUCAACACUACACCCAUAUAUCAUCAUUGCUUGUCGAACGCGUUCUUCACCCAUAUAAGCCACAUUGAAUACUUUCUAUAGUAGGGUGGGGAAAGAUGGGAUACCUUUUCAAUCUAUUUUUUCGUCACAUUUUGGUAGUAAACUAAGAACAUUUAAAAUAUUAUAAAACCGUAUCCUUACGACUCUAAUAGACCGUUGUUACGAUCAGGAUAUUUGGGUAUUAUGUGCUAAAGGUGUCCAUCUUACCCCACAGUUCCAUACACGCAACACCCAGUAUUGUAACAUUGUUAACACUAUAGCUAUCUAAUUUAAUUCUAAUUGAUUAAUUCAAGACCAACGUCCACGCAACCGACAAAUCCUUCCGUAUCCACGUAACGACACGGUCAUGCUACGUUACAUUACUAUGUUAAUACUUAUCACCCGGCCCUACAUUUAAACCCACUGUUAAAUACUCGCACAAAGUACUGCAAUUUGCAUUCAUAGCUUAUUAUUUCGCAAUCAAUUUUUCUUUACAUUCCGAUUCUUUUGGCGCUCAAGCGAUUUAAAUCGUCCUUCCAAAUAUGAUGUCUAUUCCGACCAACUGUACAUUAUUGUAACAACCGAAUUAAAUAAACGCUUGUGUUCGAAAUAUUUGUUGCCUAAUUAAAUUGAUUUAAUAAAAAUCACACGAAUUAA